AUAUCUUUUCAUUCGCAAUCUCUCUCCAUCUGGCUUGUUCACUCCCUGUUAUUUCUCAAAUCCUAGCGGCCAACCAAGAACCAACUAACAGCCGAGGCCUGUGGUCCGUACAUAUUAAGUUUGGGCGAACCCAGGCCCGGACCCAAACUGUUAAACCCACCUCCAAGGCGCCAAUUAAUAUGGGUUCUUCAGCAGAAACCGUCUUAUCUUCUUCUGUUCUUCACAACAAUUUUUGCCGAUUGAAACGAAGUCUCCCUCGUUCUCUCUCUGCUCCAAAAUUUGGCUGGCCUUUUCGGUUUCCUCUUGGACCCUCUUCGAGGUAGCACAAAACCACACCGAAAAUGGAAAAUAAUUGCUCAACAACCAAACGACCUUCCCUCAAAACCCAUCCCCGUUUCAACAAUUACUCCUUUUGGAAAGACAAGUUGAGAGAAAAUUGUUACAAAAGGGUACGAGAAGACCGGUCUCUUCUGCUUUGGAAAAUGAGGUUGCCUGCGCCCCAAUCUCUUAAUCAGAAGGACUCUAUCAUAGCUGCCUUUGAGGACAUAGUUUCCGAUGAGCUUAAAAAGAUUAAAGACUCAUCAUUAACUGACUGUUCGGAAAGCUCAAAUUCUUUCUCCAAAGCCUCUGAUGAAUUAUGGGAAUACAAUGGCCUUCAAGAUGCAUAUCAAGGUGAAUGCGAAGAGAUAUUGUUAGAAAUGCAAAGAAUUUUUUACGAGGAUCACAUGACAGAACCAGCAGGAAAAGAAGCAGAAGAACCCAUCGUAUCUUGGGAAGAUGAAGAAGAUGAGUACUUGGCUCGUGCAGUUUAUGAGCAUAUGCAACUGAAUGAUGAGCAGAUUUGGUGCCCCAUCUGUAAGCAAGGAGAGUUGCAACAGAACCAUCAACUUAUAUAUUGCACCCUUUGCAAACUUCAGCUUAACAGAGACGAUGAGGUUAAUUUGGAUAUAUUACGGGAUCGAUUAGCUGAAGCCCAUGGUGACCAUUUUGAUCGAGGUUGCAGAUUGAAACCCAAGUUUUGCCUCGAGACUAGAUUUGGUUUAACUGCAUUGUACAUCCUUUGUCACGACUGCGGUACCUUUGAGGUUGUCAUAUAGCUUCUUUCCUUUUUUGCAUACUUAGGGAUCAAUUACAUUUCAGGUUUUCAGGCUUAUCCCUUUAAAAGUGUAUACAUUUUCUGAUUGAUUUUAUUUAUUCUCCGUUCCCAAAAACAACAGUUUGUUUUCAUUGAUUUUAUGUACUUCACUCUAUUUCUAGUGUUUCGCUUUGAUUCUAAUUGAUUUUACUUUGUC